AUGGCUGCCACCUUAACCUUAAUUUUGUGCACUUCAAUUUUUACAAUCUUUCUAUAUUUUCUUCUCCGGGUGAAACGUUACCCUUUACCCCUCCCACCGGGACCAAAACCAUGGCCGGUUGUCGGAAACCUUCCCCACCUGGGCGAGAAACCGCACCAGUCGAUAGCGGCCCUAGCUCAGAGUUACGGCCCUCUCAUGCACCUCCGCCUAGGAUUCGUGCACGUGGUUGUGGCCGCAUCCGCCGCCGUGGCCGCUCAGUUCUUGAAAGUUCACGACGCAAAUUUCUCCAACCGCCCGCCUAAUUCCGGUGCCAAACAUAUUGCUUAUAACUAUCAAGACCUGGUAUUCGCGCCCUACGGCCCGCGGUGGCGCAUGCUUCGGAAGAUCACCUCUGUGCAUCUCUUCUCGGCCAAGGCGUUGGAUGACUUCUCUCAUGUUCGCCAGGGAGAGGUUGCAACUCUGACGCGCAGUCUAGCAAGUGCAGGCAAAACUCCAGUAAAACUGGGGCAGUUACUGAACGUGUGCACCACGAACGCCCUGGCUCGUGUGAUGCUAGGGCGGAAGGUGUUUAAUGACGGCAGCAGCAAGAGCGACCCGAAGGCGGAGGAGUUCAAGUCGAUGGUGGAGGAGAUGAUGGUGUUGGCCGGAAGUUUUAACCUCGGCGAUUUCAUCCCGGUCUUGGGUUUGUUUGACCUUCAAGGAAUCGUAGGAAAGAUGAAGAAACUACACGCGCGUUUUGACGCGUUCUUGAACACCAUUCUAGAAGAGCACAAAUUUGUCAACAAUCAGCAUACGACGUUGUCGAAAGACGUGGACUUCUUAAGCACCCUAAUUAGGCUUAGAGAAAAUGAGGCUGAUAUGGAUGGUGAAGAGGGUAAACUCACGGACACUGAAAUAAAGGCUUUGCUCUUGAAUCUGUUCACUGCUGGGACUGAUACAUCCUCUAGCACUGUGGAGUGGGCAUUCGCAGAACUAUUACGCAACCCAAAAAUCUUAAAGCAAGCACAGCAAGAGCUUGACUCAGUGGUGGGUCCAAAUCGGCUAGUCACAGAAUCCGACUUAACCCAACUACCUUUCCUGCAAGCAAUAGUGAAGGAGACCUUCAGGCUACACCCAUCCACCCCACUCUCUCUUCCAAGAAUGGCAGCUCAGAGUUGUGAGAUCAAUGGCUACUUCAUUCCCAAAGGGGCAACGCUUCUUGUCAACGUUUGGGCCAUAGCUCGUGACCCCAAUGUGUGGACAAAUCCUCUUGAGUUCAACCCACACCGAUUCUUGCCCGGUGGAGAAAAGCCCAAUGUGGAUAUUAAAGGGAAUGACUUUGAAGUGAUUCCUUUUGGAGGCGGGCGUAGAAUAUGCACUGGGAUGAGUUUGGGGAUAAGAAUGGUUCACCUGUUGAUUGCAACUUUGGUCCAUGCUUUUGAUUGGGAUUUGGGGAAUGGGCAAUCUGUAGAUACGCUGAAUAUGGAGGAAGCUUAUGGUCUCACCCUUCAACGAGCUGUUCCUUUGAUGUUGCAUCCAAAGCCCAGAUUACAACCACAUCUCUAUACUCUCAAUUAGGUUGCAAAUUACUACUACUACUAUGCCUAUACCUACCUUGUUUGUUUUCAUGUUCUUUAUUUAAUGUUAUUGGCCAUCUACCAUUUUAAAAUAUAUUGUAUUUAUAAUUAUGUAAUCAUUGUAAGAGAGGCCAGACACUUAAAUAUUGAUGAUGGUUAGAAAUAUUUGUUGUAUGGAUUUUGAUGAUGUUACAACUGUAA